UUGGCAUCAACAAGAGGGGAGGGUAGCAGAUAGAAAGAAAAGAGGUGUAGUGACUAGUGAGAAAACUAGCUAGAGAUGGAUAGAAGGAAGACAUGCCUUUUAGUGACCACCUUUCUUAUUGUGUUUUUCUUCAUGGAAGCCGACUUUGUUCAGGCUCAAGGCAAGGGUAAAGGAAACGGAAAUGGCAACGGGAACGGGAACGGGAACGGCAACGGCAACGGGAACGCAAAGAAGAACCUCGAUGCUGCAUCGACAAAUUACAUGGUACUGACGCCAAAGAAGGGGACAGGGCAGGAACGAGCACUGUGUAUGGCAAGAGGGCGUUGCUAUCUCAAGAUCCUUCAGUGCCCUGCCCAGUGCACUCUGCGGAAGCCUAAGAAGAACAAGAAGGUCAAGGGAUGCUUCAUCGACUGCAGUAGCACUUGCGAGACCACUUGCAAAUUCAGGAAACCCAACUGUAAUGGAUAUGGCUCGGUCUGUUACGACCCCAGAUUUGUUGGUGGUGACGGUGUGAUGUUCUACUUUCAUGGAGCUAAGGGAAGGAAUUUUGCCCUCGUAUCAGACGAUGAGUUUCAGAUCAAUGCACACUUCAUUGGUACCCGACCCGCAGGGAGGACCCGCGACUUCACCUGGGUGCAAGCCCUCUCCGUCAUGUUCGGCUCUCACACUCUAGACCUUGCUGCAAAGAGAGUUUCUCAUUGGGAUGAUAACGUCGAUGCUCUCAUUGUCCGAUGGGACGGUGACACCGUUCAAGUACCCACUGACGGAGAAGCUGAGUGGAGGACUCACGAUGAUGAUGGGAAGAGAGAGGUUGUGGUAGAGAGGACCGAUGACACCAACAGUGUAAGGGUGACGAUAACCGGAUUGCUAGAGAUCGACGUGAAGGUGACGCCAAUCGGAGCAGAAGAGAACCGGGUACACAACUACCAGUUGCCAGACGACGAUGCCUUUGCUCACUUGGAGACUCAGUUCAGGUUCGCAAAUCUGACGGACUCAGUUGAGGGUGUUUUGGGUAAAACCUACAGGCCAGACUACGUCAGCCCCGUCAAGGUUAGCGUCCCCAUGCCAAUGAUGGGAGGGGAAGACAAGUAUCAGACCCCAUCCUUCCAUUCAACCGUCUGUGCGGCUUGCAGGUUCCAAAGGGUGCCGUCUGUGACAACCACCAUCAACGAGGUGGCUCAAUACUAAUGAAAGGGGAUAACAAAGACUAUUCUACUUCUUACCCUGAUCAAACUUUAUGAAUUUAUGAUCCCACAUUGUUCUGUUUAAAGCUAUAUAUGUUCUCUGAUUUAAACAAUGAAAUAAGGGCCCGAAGUAACAAUUUGCCCAAUACGUGUACUAUUAAUAAAUUCCAUCUGAAAUUUUAAGCA